UGGAUCUUUAAUUAGCAGGUCAAUACCAGAGUCUCUCUAGCUACUUCUCCUGCUUGCUAUAGCCCUGUGUUGCGCUAGGCUGUGUCAUAUAAUGGAUCACGCUGGCAACACGGUCGCGAACGUGACGGUGGCGCAGCAGCCGCAUUACGGGCGGUCCGUGUCGCCGCCGUCGAGGGUGUCGUCGUGCUCGCCGCCACCACCUCCUGUCGGCACCGCCUCCUUGCUGGUGGGCAACACGUCGUCGUCGUCGUCACCGACGACGACCGUCGUGCUGAGCCCGUGCGCCGCGUGCAAGGUGCUCCGCCGCCGGUGCGCCGACGGCUGCGUGCUGGCUCCUUACUUCCCUCCUACCGAACCGACCAAGUUCACUACCGCGCACCGCGUGUUCGGCGCCAGCAACAUCAUCAAGCUCCUCCAGGAAUUGCCGGAGAGCGCGCGGGCGGACGCGGUGAGCAGCAUGGUGUACGAGGCGGAGGCGAGGCUGCGGGACCCGGUGUACGGGUGCGCGGGGGCGGUGUGCCGGCUGCAGAAGGAGGCGAACGAGCUCAAGGUGCAGCUCGCGCGCGCGCAGGCCGACCUGCUCAACGCGCGGGCGCAGCACGACAACCUCGUCGCCCUCGUCUGCGUCGAGCUCGCGCACCGCCGCCGGGACGACGACCAGCAGCUGGAAUACCAGGCGCCGGCGCCGCCGCUGCCGCACCCGGCGGAGUACUGUAGCGGCGGCGCAGGCUUCGGCGCCACCGUGUACCAGCCGUUCUACGACUCGGACCUGGACUCGGCGGCGUGGGGCGAGCCCCAGCUAUGGACGUGAUACAAAUUUGCAUGGUCAGCGCGGCUAGCUAAGCUAAGCUAAGCUACCAUACUCCGUAUUUGGCAUGCAGGGUAAUUAAUAAUCUAGAGCACUAGUAGUAAUUAAGUACUGUAAUUAGAAACAGAUCAGUUUAAAGAAGGAACUAUAAUUAGUACCUGGCGGCUUAGCUAGUGUCGUGCUUCGAGUACAUGUAACAGCAACGGUUAUACAUACUUCAGCCGGCCGGAACAGUUUAUGCUUGCUUUCAGAGUGUUAUGUUCUUCAGAUUUAAAACAAGAUCAGAUAUUUUGCAA